AUGUUUGAUCAAAAUUUAUCCCUUAUUCAACCUGGAGGGGAUUUCAAUAUUAUAUGGGUUUCUGGAGAUCCUAUGAAAAAAAAACUUACACCAAAAUUGAGGAAGCUAAUGGUUGAUUGUAAUUUAAAUGUUAUAUUGUCACAGUUACGACCUUACAUAUUUAAUUUUCAAAAGGGUAUUGCCUACGACAAAACAUUUAUGUUUCCUUUGAAUGUUGUUUACCGUCUUAUCUAUGGAAUUUUGGAAUGUCUUGAUUUUUCUCUUAAUAAUAUAGAAAAAAAACUUGAAGAUCUUACAUCCAUUGAGAUGCGUCUUCUUCAUAUAGAAGAGAAAUUAAAAUUAUUUGGGCAUCAGAUUAGUCAAUUUCAUCUUGAAGAUGACACUGAUGAUGAUGAUGAAGAAGUUGUAAGAAAAAAAAGAAAAUAUGAAAGCCCAAUUUUUGAUGAUCAUAAUAUGGAAGAAUUAUUUCAAGAGGCUACAGAUAUAGAGUUUGGUCAGUUGGAGGUAGAUAAACCAGUUGCUGAAUUUCCUACUAGUGUUAUUCGUCAUUUUCGUACUCCUACAACUUCUAAAAGUAUAGAAGAAAUUGGAGGUCGUGAGAAAAGAAAGCGUGAAUUUACGGAAUUAUUUGAUAUCAUUUCUGAAGUUGGUAGGACAAAUGAAGAUGUUAUCGAAGUGGCUAGAGAGGCUUUCUCUUCAAAUCCUAUACUUUCUGAGGCUUUUGAAAAAAGAAUUAGUGGUGCUUAUGAAGUUCUUGAUGAGUUUUAUGAUAUGAUACUUGAUGACAAGGCUGCACAAACUGAAUUGUACCUUCAAAAGUUAAAACUUGUUGAACAGAAUGUUAUAAAUGAUGAAUGUAUUGCUCAAAUUAGUAAAGAAUCUGGAAGAAGAUUUUCUAUUAAAGCAGAUACCAUUAUUCCAUCCGAUAUAUAUACUGAAUUGACUUCAAUUGCUAUGGGUAAAAGUACACUUUUUGCUAAAUCUUCUACUCCUGGUACUAUUAGAGAGGAGGGUCACGAACAGAUAGAUACCCCGGCACAUGAUGUUGGAAAAUUGUCGUUUGUGCCAGAAAUAUCUGAUACAGCAUUAGAAGAAUCAGGCAUUCAACUACCUGAAAAAGGAUCACCAGUUGGACCAGAACAUGUUGAAGGUAUUCAGCAUCAAAUAGAAGAGGGAACUGAAGCAGUUCCUGUCAUUCAACAACCUACAAGAAAAAGAAGAAAACCCCAGAUUUCAAGAAGUCGUCAACAACGUCAACGUUCUUCCAGUUCGUUGGAUGUCGUUACAUCAAUGCAAACAUUAGAAGAUAUUUUUCAAUUUUUUAACAGUAGACAAGCUUCAUUUUCUUUAAAAAUAACUCGAAAAAUAAAAGCAAUUUCUAAAUUUUGUGAAAAUUUUGUACUUGGUCUAGCCACACAACGAGAAAGUUUUGAUAUACAUGAAUAUAUGAAAUUUUCUUUUUGGUUCAAAAACCUUGAAAAUAUUUCAGAAGAAAUUUAUAAAAAUAAUGGUUGUUUAAUAAACAUGUUUGAGAAACUACAAACUUUACCUUUUGAUUAUAGUGACAAUGGCUUUAUUAUUGAAAGUGAAUACAAAAAUGAAUUAAAAGAAAUUUUAGAUAAUUUCAAAGUUUCUAAAAUUGAUUGUACUUUAUAUGCAGCUAUUGUUGACAUGCCUAUAAUUGGCCUAUGUAACGAUCAGUACAACAGUGAUAUUAUAAGAACAUGGCUUCAAUCUGAUGGGUUAAAUGAACCAUCUUCACAGAUGUCUUCUCUUUCUGAUUAUAAUCCACCAAGCGGUGAAAGUUACAAUUUGUUACCUAAAUAUUUACCAAAAACUUUUAUGUACUUGGAUUUUACAUAUUCUUUAAAAACAUUAAGAAAUUCUUAUGAAAAAUUAAGGUAUUCUUUUUUGAAGAAGAUGGGACAAGAUCGUGAUUUGUAUCGACGUCAUGGUAAAUUUUCUAAAAAAGUUAAAAAGUUUGUCUGGAAUGACGUUGGAAGCUGGAAUUUUAUUGACAAUGUGGGAAUAGUUGAAAAAAUGAUAAAGGAUGUUGUUUUGUCGGAUAAUCUUUUAACUUCUACAUUUUAUAAUCUUCAAUCUUUGGAUGAAGAAAGUGGUGUAACAACGAAGCUUAUCAACACAUUUUUAUACAAUCCCAAUGGUACAAUUGUUUGGUCUGAUUUGACAUUAUUUAUUGACUCUAUUUUGAAAGUGUAUUAUGAAGAUGAAGAUAGUAGAAAUGUUGAAUUUGCUAAUAUUAAGGAAUUUGUAGAUGAACUUUAUUGUCCUUCUCAACGUAAAACAUUUUUUCAAGAAGCAGUUGAGUCUGUUGAGUUUGAAUCAAGACUACAAGAGAUUCAUAAUUCAUUAGUUUCCAUAUAUAGUGAACCAGAAAAUUACUUUUACAAUAAGUCUAAUGAAAAAGUAUUUUCACAAUUUGAACAUCUUAUGCCAAUGAUUGUCGAGGAAGAAACAAGUAUAAGUGAUGAAAUUGAUAUGGAAGAUAUUCUAGAUGAUUUGGAUACAUUUGAGUUAGAUUUAUUUUUGGGACAUGUACCUCCUUAUAAUGUGGUUGAAGAAGAAUUUAAGGAGAAAACUUUUAAUAAUGUAGAAUCAUUGUAUAACACUUAUAUUAACAAUGAAGAAGAUUUAAGAGUUAAACUAUAUGCUGAUAUUCAAAUAACAAUGCCUUCGAAAUGGGAUGAUGCUUUGACAAAUUAUUCAAGGAAAGAUAGAAAAAGACAUAAUGUAGAAUCUUCAUCUGUACAAGAGAAACCAAAACGUCAACGUGUCAGUGUAAGUUUACCAACAGUACCUGAGGGAGAAUUACAACCAGAUGAAGGCAAACCAGAAGAGAUUCCUAUUAUACCUGUGGUGGAGGAACUACCUGAAGUAGGAGAUCUUGGUAUUGAAAAACUGCCACCAGGUGGAGAUUCGACAGCAUUUAAAGAUGUUCCCCAUUUAACCGGUGAAGAUAUAUUUAGACAUUCAGAAGGUUCAUUGACAUUUAAAGAAACGGAAGAAAUGUGUCCCCAAAUUGAAAAACAACAAAAAGAAUCUGAAAUUUUACUUGAAGAAUCUGUUUUACCCUUACCAUCGAUAGUUGAAAGUGAAAGAAAAGAUUUGUCAGAUGUUACUCUUCCACCUCCAGAAUUUUCUCAAGAACAACUUGUGUCUGAAAUUUCUGAAUUGUAUUUGGAGCCAUCUGUAGGACAACUUGAUGUUAUUAGUGAAAAAAGGAAAGAAGUAGAAGAAUUACUUAAACGUUGUGAUGUCGUACCUGAAUAUCAUUUUACAUUUCCAGUUACCGGUUUUCGUUAUGGUGGUAGAAAAAAAAAUAUAAUAACAGAUAAUGUUUUUCUAAAGAAUGCUGCUUAUCAAAUUGGAUCUACUGAGUUAUUGGACAGCAAUGACAAUGAGGUGUCAUCUGAUAAUGAUACAGGAUUAGGAAUUUCAGACUUAUUUACAGAUAUUUCUUUAAAUGACUAUCCUGAAACAUCAAUGGAAACAUAUGAAAAAGCAAAACGAUUGGCUGGUGAUUCAGAAGUAACAACUUUUAAAAAAUUGGUUGGAGAUUCACCAACACGUGCAAGUGUUGCUAAGAUAUUUUAUAACACUGUUAUUCUUGCAAGAAAUAAUAAAUACCUGUCUCUUUGUCAAAAAGAUUCAAGUGAUAUUAAAAUUACAGUUUAUGAUCCUCCUGGUGAAUAG